UUCUCUCUCAUUUACCAUCUUACUCAAGCUCCAGGGUUCUGAGUAGGUCGCAAAUUUCAUAUUCCAAAUUUCGCCGAGGCAUUAGUAGACCUUUGCCCAAGAUGGGUUUCUACAGCGCGUGCAAGACGUUCAUCGUCUACACCGUUACGUUCUUCUCACUACCAUUUCACGAGCAUAUCGGAGGUGACUCUGAGCAACCUGUCUUGUCUUUCGAAAAUGGCCAGAUCUCACAAAACUAUCCGAAGUUCCCAGCACCAAAUGGCCCCGAUUCACCUGAUGAAGACUUCACUUGCAAGUAUCCCGAGCUUGGAAAUGACUGGAAACCAUGCUCUACCCCGGAAAACCGACACUGCUGGCUGAAGAGCUCUGAUGGACACAAUUUCAGUAUUCAUACUGACUAUGAGACUAUGUAUCCACCUGGGGUGCUUCGAGAGUAUUGGCUUGUGGUUGACAACAAGACUAUCAACGGCGACGGCAUCGACAACCCGUAUGGAAAGGUCUUCAACCAAACCUACCCCGGUCCAUGGAUCAAAGCCUGCUGGGGUGAUCUCAUCAGAGUUCACGUCACAAAUAAACUGCGAUAUAACGGCACUACAAUCCAUUGGCAUGGUAUCAGGCAGAACGGAACCAUGGAGAUGGAUGGAGUCAACGGUGUCACUCAAUGUCCCAUUGCCCCAAAUGAUACCUUCACAUAUGAGUUUCGUGCCCUUCAGUAUGGUUCUUCUUGGUAUCAUAGUCACUACUCUCUACAAUACGCCGACGGUCUUGCAGGACCUAUAACCAUUUUUGGACCGUCAUCAGCUCACUAUGAUGAAGCGAAGGAUCCUAUUCUUAUCACCGAUUGGAACCAUCGAAGUGCCUUUCAGGAGUGGGAGAGAGAACUGACCGGUCUCCCUACCAGGCCCCAGAUGAAUAGCAUAUUGAUGAAUGGAAUUGGAAACUUUGCCGGCAGCUUUCCGCGCGAACGUUACAACAUGACCGUAACCAAGGGCAAGAAAUAUCUCCUUCGUAUCAUCAACACAUCUGUCGAUACCACAUUCCUUUUCAGUAUCGACAAUCACCACUUUGAGGUCAUGAGCUCCGACUUUGUACCCAUUCACCCCUAUACAGUAGACCAUAUCCUCGUCGGAAUCGGCCAAAGAUAUCAUGUUGUUCUUCAUGCCAACCCUAGAAACGACACCAAAUUUCCCGCGUCAGAUAAUGGAAACUAUUGGAUCCGCACAGUUCCCGCAGAUGGUUGCAAGGGUUUUGAAGAUGGUAACGAGCCUGAUGAACGGCAAGGUAUUCUUAGAUAUGAACCUGUGAGCACAGAGGUACCUCAGACCUGGAGAGGCCCGUGGAACAAGACUUGCAGUGAUGAGAAGUAUGAGAACUUGAAGCCUGUCCUGCCAUGGUCGAUCCCCCCUGUUGAACUCUAUAGUAGAGACAAAAGCAAGGAUCUAAAACUUGGCCUGCAGCAGGAAAAGAAUAGGCCUCAUCUGGGAGAUAAGUUCAGCUGGUGGGCUUUCGGCGCACAGCCUCUCUGGCUCAACUUCUCGGAGCCUACUAUCACUUUACUUGACGAAAAGAAAGAAUGGCCUGGCGAUUAUGUCAUUGUUCCAGCAGAGAACAGAGGCGGAUGGGUCUACCUUGUCAUCACGGCUCCAGCAACUGAGGAGCUUGGGAAUAACAGGACAUUCAUCUCGCUUGCUCACCCACUUCAUCUUCAUGGUCAUGACUUUGCUCUUCUCGCUCAAGGUUCAGACUCUUCGCAGAUUGAUGACCCAGAUAACCCCAUCACACUCAAAUUCGACAACCCGCCUCGCCGAGACGUAGCACUGAUCCCGGCUGGAGGCUACCUCAUAGUCGCCUUCAAGGCUGAUAAUCCUGGCUCUUGGUUGUUCCACUGCCAUAUUGCCUGGCAUGCUUCAAGUGGGUUGGCAUUGCAGAUCAUGGAGCGUGAAGAAGAUCUGAGGAAGAUGAUGACUCCGGAGAAAUUAAAGCAGGUCAAUGAAGGCUCCUCGUUCUCACCGUGUACCAUACAAGUCUUCAUUACCAUCUCGACCCCCGAUCUAGACAAGGACUUUCAAUGGACGCUCUCCGCAUACAACACUAUUACUCAUCUCUGUCAAAACUUCGAAGUUAUUCGAGCUCACCGCGGCAACUUUUGCAGGAUAUAUCGGCAUUCAAAUAACCCGCGCAUUCUUCCAUCCUAUGUCGCUUGGGGAAAACUUUGUACAGUAAACGCAGAGUGGUUUGAGAGUCUUGUGAACAUGACUUGUAUCUCGCCGUUCUGGAGCCUGGCAGAGGGUGAGAUGCGUAACGACAGUAAGGAUUUCAUCUAUGGAAUUUUGGAUAUCCUGAAGGCACAUGGUGUUAUUGACGAGAAGAGGAUCAUCGGAGUGAAGAGGAAGCUCGGUCGAUAUAUCGGGCCUUUUGGUGUUUGA